UCAGCCUCAGCAUUGAGGGAGGUUUAGAGACCAGCGCUAUAGACUUACUCAUCUAAAUCAAUGCCGUUUACUGACGGAUAGACACCUUGAUACAGAACAAAUAUAUCUUGAGCGACAAGGACUGUAAGGAUGUCAUCCCAGCGUUCAGAGUGCAGAGAUCUUAGGUUUGAUCCCUCCAUACCAGGCUUGGCAUCGUCAACAGCUGCCCAGGGCUGGAACUGGCAGCAGGGGCAGCCAGGCAGUCUGCAAUCCUCCAGACUGUUAGAGGACGACAAGCAGGACCUUUUCACCAAGUCGACAGCAGUCAGCCAGGAGGUCGACCAAUGGGUAACCAGUCACCAGAGCAGCAGGGGUGGGAAGAAUUUGGGCAGUGCAGCAGAAAGUCCCACAAGCGUCUCAAGCUCUCCAUCACCCGCGUCUUCAGGGAAAGACCUUUCCACCAAUGGGGUGACAUCAGGACUUUCACCAAGGAGUGGCAUCUUGACAUCUUCAGACAGAGUUUGGGAUCCACCCCCCAGCAUCUUGAAAACAGGCCUCGCACCAAAUUAUUGCGUGAUUGGCGUGGUGAAUGACAGCUAUGUCGAGGGUGAAGUUGAGGGAAAUGCAGGAACGCGCCCACCCAUGUCACCCCCCAUGCAACAGAGCCGAGUUGUCCAGCGCACAAUGUCAGACAGUACCCACCUGACAGUGCCUGCUAGCCUUCAGCUGCCCGAUAAAUAUCCAGGCAAAGAUGUGCCGCCACCUCAGACCGCCAUCAAAUACUUCACCGUAGAGGACAAACAGAGUGUUCCGCCAUCCAUGAGCAUCCCAUCAGCCCCUACUACAAAGAAAGAACAACCUGCUGGUGUGCCACAGAGUUCUCAAAGGAUACAGUUACCAUCACAGCCAUCGGGAAGCGGAAAUGUGGUUUCAUCUCCUGAGAUUCAGUCUAAAGCUGUCUGUAAUGUGAAAGAAGAUAAGACAGCCAAAGAGAAAAUGGAGAAGGUUGAAACUGCUCUGAAGAUGGGAAACAUCAACAUAACUGAGAAGCAGGACAAGCCUGAGAAGACUGAUCACCUGGAAAAGAAAGAUGAGAUCACAAAGAAAACAGACAGUGUGGAUAAGACUCAGAAGAGUGAGAAGAUCAUCAAAGAUGAGAAGAAAGUCGAGAAAGAGGAGAAACAGGAUAAUAAAGCUGAGAAAAACCAGAAGGUUGAGAAAGUAGACAAACCUGAGAAGACAAACAAGGAGAAAGAGGAGAAGAAGGACAAGGGAGAAAAAAUGGACAAGACAGCCAAAGCUGAGAAAAAUGCAAUGACUGCUAAAGGACCUGCUAAGUCUCCGACAGCUAAUGGGAGAAAGGAGGUGACCAGUCCAGAUAAUAAGCCCAAGCCUUCAGUUGGGUCAACCAAACAAAGCUCAGCAAGACCAAACUCGCUGUCCACUGGAGACAGUGCAGGUGCCACCAAGCGCAUCUCUCCCACCACCAACUCUGCCAAUAAAAAAAGCCCUGUGCCCAAAGCCUCAACCCCCACUGCUGGCACCAAGAAAAUCCCCACCACCUCAACUACUCUUGAGACUAAGGCCAAGUCUUCUGAAACAGCAACCCAGCGUCGCCCUCCAGUGCAAAAGGCUAAAGCUGCAUCUGCUACAAACUCUAAAAACAGCACUAACACCCCAACUACCACCUCUGCUCAACGCUCCUCAGCUACAAAGACUGAAAGCCAAGCAGGAGAGGUGAAAAAGACAAGUGCAAAGAAAACACCAGGGACAACUCGCACACCAUCCUCUGCCACCAGUACAGCAGCCACCAAUGGGACCCCGACCCCUCGUCCCUCCCGUAUCACCAAACCCCCCGUACCCAAGCAGACUCCCCUAGAGAGGAAGCCUCCUGUACCACGAGCCCCUCGAAACAUCCGGCCCACCAACGCACCACUACCGGAUCUAAAAAAUGUGCGCUCCAAGAUCGGUUCCACCAAUAACUUGAAGUACCAACCUGGAGGAGGCAAGGUCUCUGCAGCCCAGGGCAAGACCGAUGCUCUGCCAAAGACCAGCCAGGGCAAAGUUCAGAUAGUCCACAAAAAGCUGGACUUCAGCCAUGUUACCUCCCGAUGUGGCUCCAAGGACAAUAUCAAGCAUGUUCCUGGUGGAGGAAAUGUUCAGAUUUUAAAUAAAAAGGUUGACUUGAGAAGAGUUACCUCUAAAUGUGGAUCCAAGGACAACUUAAAGCACAAGCCAGGUGGUGGUGAUGUGAAGAUUGAAUCCAAUAAAAUAAACGUCAAGGCCAAGUCCAAAGUGGGAUCCAUGGACAAUGUAGGCCAUGAACCAGGUGGUGGCGAUGUCAAGGCUGAGGGGCUUCAGCAGAAAUCUGAGGGAAGCCCAUCUCCCCCCAUGCAGGCAGGUAAUGGGGCAAAAGAGAAUGGGCUGAAAGAGAAUUCUCAUGCUCCCAUAUCUUCUUUGGGAGAGGGACCCCGGGACUCCCAGGGUUUGGACAAGCGUAUCACUGGGACAAAUUGAGUCCUACAAGUUGAACUUCUGCGAGAAUGCACGAGCUCGCAUGGACCACGGCGCUAAAAUCAUCUCCUGGUCCCCCCCUGAGUGGCAGCCACCCCCACCCACAUCGCAGCACCUCUCUCAGUGUGUCUCUGGGGUCCGCCAUGUCCUCACACCCAACCCAGCUUGUCCCAUUCACUCAGCUAUGAGAUGGGUGCAAACCAGUACACUAGCAGGAGAAGGGGUCUGAUUUGUAACACAGCCUGUCCCUUUAAAACCUAGCUUAUUGUAUCAUUUAAAGUUUUCAUAGCUUUUCUUUGCUGGGAGAACACCCAUGAGAUCAUGUUUAGGGAAAGACCCAGACUCUGGCUUAAUUUACAGCACUUCUUUUCGAAUGCAGGGUUUGGUUUGAGGCUAGGUUUGAGAAGUUUUCAGGGGCUUGUUACAUAAAAGGGUUUAGAUUAGUCUUACAAGUUAUUCAUCCAAAUUAUUUCCUUUAAGACUGACCUUUUUUUUUUAUUACAAUUUGUUUUUUCUUUUAAGUUAAUAGUAAAUCAUAGAUUAGUCUUAGUUGAAUCCAAAAAUAAGAUUGAUUCCCCCGUUCCCAACUGCUAGUUGGUCAAACUCGUACUUAAGACAUGUUCUUAACAUAGAGGCUGAGUUUAUGCAAUUGGCCCCAGAUAGUUGGAGAUGCAGUAAUAGAUUCUCCAGCCACGUAGCUCUUAUUGUCAUCUUUGUUAACACAGCAUUUUGUACAUCAGCACCAGAAUUUCCUUCUAGACUUCAUAUGAGCAAGCUAUCCCUUAAACAGACCAAAAUUUAAGACAGCACCCUCUUUUCUGUCUGUAUCUAUUUGGCAGUAGAUGUUCUCCAAUGGGAACCCCAGAACUCACUUGAGAUGUAGCUUAUUACAUCAUAUUAUGGCAGUUAAGCUCCCUGUAUUGUCAGUAUGUCUUAAAUCCCAGUCAAAAGGGAUGAAUCAGCCGCCAUCCAUCCAUCCAUCUGCUUCCUUUUCUCCACUGACCCUGUCCACCUCACAUGAAUUAUAUCCCCCGCUCUCCCUCAGUAUUUAAAUGAGCACUUAAUCAUUUGAAACGUAUAGGUUGUUCAAACAAUAGCAUAUUUAUAACUUCAGUGAGUUUUCUGUAUCGUGCUUGCGUAAAUUCCUGUAACGAUGAGCUGUAUCAUAAUAAUGUCUAACCAUCUGAUUACAUAAUCCACUUCCCAUUUCUUUCAAAGCAUCCUGUGAACUAAUAAGACACAAAAACACAUGACACACAUAAACUACAGCAUGAUACAGGAAGAGAAAAAGAAAGUGGAACGCAAACUAAACAGACAGAAUGGAAAGGAAUAUAGAUGGAUAAAGAAAGAAGUCAGAAUGUUCAAAUGGAAAUGCACUUACACUCCGUAUUAAAGGUCAUGGUUAUUUGCACAAAGGUCCAAAUCAUCUACACUUUGAAUUAAAUAUUGUACCUCCAAAUCCCAAAAGUAAACAACUGAACAUAUGAACAGUCAUGUGCGAGGGCCCAUUACAUUAACAGUAAGUAUAGCCGGAAUAUUUAUUCAGUGGCAAUUGAUAAAUUGUUGUCUAUAAAUUACUAUUUAAUCAAACCUAGUAGUAAAUGCUAUUUGGUUUUCUUAAGUGACGUAUUACAAGUAGUUGAAUAUCAUAGUUUUAAAAUCUCCAAACCUGGGCUGCUUUUUUGAAACUCUUCACUAGUGACACUGUUUAACAGUGAAUUUGUGGGCACUUUAUUGGUAGUGAUAUUACUGUAAUUUAGCUGCACAAUGCCUUUUUGCUGUUGUUGGUUAAAAGGUGAUGUUUGUAUGAAGGGUUUGUUUCACUACAUGUUGUGAAAUAUAUAAAAUUCCUGGUAUUUUACUGUGACGUCAUGGUAGAUCUUUGAUGGUGGUGAUGUUGUAACAUCAAAGAAAAUCCCACAUAAAACGGAACAACAGAGACUAGGAAGUAAAAAAUUAUGCAAAUAUCCUAUGAAAUAAUUAGCUGAUGAGCAUUUGAAAUGCACUUUAUGGUGGAUGUUUUAUACUAGAAAGAGAACGGUAAGAUUGAGCAGAUUUUCCUAAAUUUUAUCCCCUUAAGAAGAGUCCCAGUUCUUCAAAAAUCGAAAACGUACCUGUAUCUUACAGAGCAGUCUAUAAAUACAGUUUGUGUAAGUGUGAGCAAGUGUGUUUAGUGUAGAACAGUUGCGCUUGGCCAAGCUGUCAUGUCUGUAGUUCCUUUUGUGAUUAUUGUGUCAGGGGCUGUGCCAGUAAACUUCAGUGUUGUACUCUUAACACGGUGAUCAUAACUUGUCAUGCCUUUAGACAGCUCUAUUUUGUCAUUAUAAUGAAUGAACACUCUCACAGUAAGUACACUUCUCACGUCCCCCGCACCAGUCCGCUCAAUGCAGUUUUGUAAAUACACGUGUCACACUUUAUACCCCACAGGAGGACAACGCUUGAUUGGGUUGUAUAGAGAAGCAAAGUGAAUAUUUUGCAAUAUUUCUCCAGACAGUAUUUUAUUCUUUUAAGUGAGUCUGCCUUUUUUUUCUUUGAAAAAAAAAGGGCUGGCAAACAAGAAUGUUUUUCAAAUGUAUUGUAUUCAGAAAGCAAAGAAUAUAUAUAAUGUGUGUAACUUUUUCUCUGUCAUCACAGGUCACAUACUAAAAAAAUGUAAUCAAUAGUAGGAGUGUGAUUUGAUUUGGCCUAUGGAUGGAAAAACUCAAAGGACUCUGAGGAUGUCCUUCUGUAUAAAAAAUGUGCAGCAUUCUGGUAAUGACUUGAGUAGCAUCUGUCAGAAUGCAGAAAGUGGGUCGAAAGGUUAGAGGUAAUAAGUAACCACAGGAACAAUGAUUCUGCCCACAAACUUUUCCUGACACAAAGACUUGUUUGGAUGUCCAUGCAACACAUUUGUAUGAUACUGUAACUGGUAUACUAAUCGGCAUGUCUAAAAGCAAAAAGAGCACUCAAAUUAGGCAGCAAAAGUGUGCCCCUAUUGUGUUUGUUAGGACUCAGUGGGUGUACUUCCCAUAAAACACAUCGAAAGAGCAUGCUGACAACAAUGGACUACAGACAUAAGUCCUAAAUUGGAUUUAAUCCUUCCCCCUGAUUUAAGAAGUUUUUGUUAGGUUUGUUUUUUUUUAUGAAAAGAGGUCAUUGUGAUUAAUUGUUAUCUAUUGAUGUGGAUAUUUAUUCAAAUAAAGAAACAAGCAAAA